AUGGCACAAACGCUAGCGAUGCCUAUAGCUCCCUCUCUCGCCCUAAUCUCAAACUCCAGACCUCUUUCCAGAGCUUUCUAUUUCCCUGUUCUCAACCCUCCCAAGGUGAGAGAGUUAAGCAUAGAGUGCGCUCGAGUUGGCAGAGUGGAGAUUCUGAACAACAAGAGAAUUGAGUUCUCGCUACAGUACAUCCAUGGAAUCAGAAGGAGCAGAGCUCGCAAGAUUCUCUGCGAUAUAAGCAUGGACAACAAGGUCACUAAGGAUCUCAGCGAAGAGGAUCUCAUCACUCUUAGAGAUGAAGUCUCCAAAUACGUCAUUGAAGGCGAUUUGAGGAGGUUUAAUGCGCUGAAUAUAAGGAGAUUGAAGGAGAUUCAAUGUUACAGAGGAUAGGUAGAUAGGUAAGUUUGCUGAAGAAGGCAAACGAAAUAUCAGUG